GAAUCAUAGAAUCGUCUAGGUUGGAAGAGACCCUUGGGAUCAUCGAGUCCAACCAUCUACCCUACUCUACAAAGUCCUCCCCUAUACCAUGUCCCUUAGUACUGUAAGAAGGGUUACUUUUCAGGUCAUAAGAGGUUCUCGUGUCUCUUUGGGACCCAUCUUCUGACCAGGCAGCUUGUCAGACAACGCCUGUUGGACUUCAGAGAAAGGAUAGAUCCCACAUCACUAGUCAUUUUUAGUGUGCCAUCAGUCUUCUGUUCUACAACUGUUAAAAUCGCUCUCUACAACGUACUGCCUAGAUAGCCAGCUACAGAAUGAAUGCUUACUGUUUUCACUUUUUUCACAUAGAUUCAUGAUGUUACGCCAACAGCUAGUACUUAUCUUUGGGAUAUCACUAGCUACUGACACGUGUGCCUCUAGAAGCUGUUAUUCAGAAGCCCAAGUCUCCUGGUAUUUUAACUGCAACCUCACAGCUGUUCCACUUGUGCCGAAGGAUACGGUGAAGCUUUUUCUGACUUACAACUACAUCAGCCGAGUGACGGUGACUUCCUUCCCGCUGCUGGAGCACCUGCUGCUGUUGGAAAUCGGAACGCAGUAUGUCUAUCCUGUGACCAUAGGGAAAGGAGCCUUCAGGAACCUGCCAAACCUCCGCGUCUUAGACUUGGGGAACAUAACGAUUCUCCACCUGGAUCUCGAUGCUUUUGUGGGCUUGCCAAGUCUGAAUGUGCUCCGUCUGUUUGGUAAUGACCUUGGAGAUUCCAUCCUGGAGGAACGUUACUUUCAAGAGCUGAUCUCACUAGAGGAAUUACAUCUUUCAUCGAACAAAAUCACAAGACUUCAGCCUCAUCCCUUAUUUUAUAAUCUAACAGUCCUGAAAAAUGUGAACCUGACAUUCAACAAGAUAUCCAACCUGUGUGAAAGCAAUCUUACCAGCUUCCAAGGAAAACACUUUGUAUUUUUUAGCCUCCGUUCAAAUUAUUUGCACAAGACAGAUGAGAAGGCCUGGGCCAAAUGCCCAAAUCCUUUCAGAAAUAUUACGUUCCAGUCACUAGACAUCGGUGACAAUGGCUGGAGCACAGAGAAAGUUAAAUAUUUCUGUAUUGCCAUUAAAGGGACUCAAAUCAGUUCUUUAACAUUUGGCGCUCACAUAAUGGGUUCAGGAUAUGGCUUUCAUAACUUAAAAAAUCCAGAUAUUGAUACGUUUGCUGGACUAGCGAGAAGUUAUCUUAAUUCGCUUGAUAUUUCACAUGGUUAUAUUUUUUCUCUCCAUUCUUUAAUCUUUCAAAGCCUUGGUAAUCUGGGCUUGCUGAACCUUUUCAAAAACAAGAUAAAUCAAAUCGAAAGGCAAGCAUUUUUUGGCUUGAGAAACCUAAAAGUUCUCAAUCUCUCAAGUAAUCUUUUAGGCGAGUUGUACGACUAUACUUUUGAGGGUCUGCCUAGCGUAAUGUAUAUUGAUUUACACCAAAAUCACAUCGGGAUGAUUGCUGAAAAAUCAUUCAGUAACUUAGUAAAUCUGAAAAUAAUUGACCUCCGAGACAAUGCCAUUAAAAGACUCCCUUCCCUUCCCUCCCUCCUGGCCUCUGCCUCCUUAAGUGACAACAAGCUAAUGUCUGUAGUUGGCACAAAAAUAGCAGCAACGCACAUUGAUUUAGAAAGAAACUGGUUGGCAAACCUGGGGGACCUGUAUAUUCUUUUCCAAGUUCCAGACCUGCAGUAUAUCUUCUUAAAACAGAACCGCUUCUCGUACUGUGUGAAAAGUCAUGAUGUUAUAGAAAACAAUCAGUUAAUCUUUAUGGAUCUAGGUGAAAACAUGUUACAGCUUGUGUGGGAGAGAGAUUUAUGUUUGGAUGUGUUCAGGUCACUGUCCAAACUUCAGGUCCUACAUCUGAAUAACAACUACCUUCGUUCUCUUCCACAGGAGAUCUUUAGAGGUCUAACAUCUCUAAAAGGGCUUAAUCUAGCUUCCAACCUCUUGUCUCAUCUUUCUCCCGGGCUUUUUCCACAAAGCCUAACCAACCUAAACUUAUCCAGAAACCAGCUAUUUUCCCCAGAGCCGGAAGUCUUUAUGACUUUGAGAAUUCUGGAUAUAACACAUAAUAAGUAUAUCUGUGAUUGUGCUUUAAAGAGCCUGCUGGUGUGGCUGAAUCACACCAACAUAACCCUGGCUGGCUCGCAGUGGGACACGUACUGUGUGUACCCACCUGAGUUUGCAGGUUUGCCACUCUCCUCUCUGAUCUACGAUGGCUGCGAGGAAGAUGAACUCCUGGAGGAGCUCAGUUUCUCAGUGUUUGUCUUCACCUCCGUCACCCUCCUGGUGUUUCUGACGGCAGUCAUCGUUUUUACUCGGUGCCGGGGGAUUUGUUUUGUCUGGUAUAAAACAAUCACCAAAAAAAUUAUAGGCAGCCAUCCACAAGUAGCAGAUCAAAGCGAAUACAAAUACGAUGCGUAUUUCUGCUACAGCAAAAAUGACUUUGAAUGGGUCCAGAACUCUUUGCUAAAGCACCUGGAUUCACAGUAUUUUAAGAAAAACAGAUUUACCUUGUGCUUUGAGGAAAGAGAUUUCUUGCCUGGGGAAGAACACAUCAGCAAUAUCCGUGAUGCCAUUUGGAACAGCAGAAAGACGGUUUGCAUAGUGACCAGGCAGUUUCUCAAAGAUGGGUGGUGUGUAGAAGCCUUUAAUUUUGCCCAGAGCAGGUACUUUUGUGAUCUGAAAGAUGUCCUCAUUAUGGUAGUGGUCGGGUCACUUUCUCAAUAUCAACUGAUGAAGCACAAACCGAUUCGAAACUUUUUACAAAGAAGCCGGUAUUUGCGGUGGCCUGAAGAUUAUCAAGAUGUAGACUGGUUUUUAAAUAACCUUUCUUGCCAAAUUCUGAAGGAAAAAAAAGUGGCAAAGAAAGCCAGUGGUAUCGAGCUGCAGACAGUAGCAACAGUCUCACAUGGAUAGCGUUUGGGUUGCUGGCUUUCUCAACUCCCCUUUUCCAGCCAUGCCAAGAAUAAACAGGAGUUUGCUUUAUCUUUCCUCGAAAAAGCAGGGAAAAAAUAACUAUUUCCAUAUGGAAACAGCUUGACAGCGACCAGCAGAUAUAUGAAAGUGCAAUUAUUUUGUGGACUAUGACACACCUUUUCAGAUGAAUUAAACGAAUCACAGGUGCUUCACAUUUUGGCUGCUCAGCUUCAGACACUUUAGCCUUGAUUUUGGGAGUACUACUUACUUCCUUACAGUUCUGUUUCAGUUGGGUUUUUUUUUUUAAGAAGAGCCCAUGGUACUGUGCAGGAGCGACCAAGGAUGCUUCAUGUAUGGCCCAGCCUGUCCACCCGCUCGUGGGUUACUUACUCCUGCGCUUUCUGAACUUUUCAUGCUCUGCUUCAAAGUGGCAUCAGUACUUCACACCUUUCUGCUUUCAACUGGUGUAACGCAGAUUUCAUUUAUUUGUUUUCCACUCAAUUAGCCUCAGCCUUUCAGCUGGAAUGUACAAACUUUGAACUCCAUUCACCCCCUUCCCCUCCACUGCUUCUCUGCUCGGUGAUAAAACCACGGUGGUGGGUCUGCUUCAUUUGCUGCCGGGUGAUUUUUCCAAUGGAGCUGCUUCCUGCCCUGCAGAGAGGAGCAGGUUUCCCCCUUCCCUCACUCCUCCUGAAGUGAGCCUGGGCUGCAAAAGCAAACAAGAAACUACCUCAGCAGCCCUGUGGCCUGUAGCUGGUGACAUGGCCACUAGCCCAGUGACUGCUGGCCAUUCUGGGAGAGGAAAAUAUAGGCAACUGGUGUGUAAUUUGGGUUGUUCUCUGUACAUCCUGUGUCCUGAUCAAUUCUAAGGUGGUUUUUUUUUUUUUGCUUCUGUUGAAACAUUUUCAUAGAAUCAUUAAUGCCUGGUACUCUGUUACCUCUCUAAUCGUUUUACCACUGUUUGUUUAGGUGUGUGUCAUCAGGGGGUUGUUCAGGGUCAUUUUAACAAAACUCAGACUCGGUGUUCCUAGAACAUGCACCUAUUAUUUCCAUGGUGACACACUCCUUGAGUGUACUGUUCACUUCAGUUCAUACAUUUCUUCAACAAAAGCCUACCAAUGUAAUUUCAGUCAGCAUUUUGCUCUAGUGAGGAAGCAGGAAUGGGAGGUUUUGUGAGCUCUCUGUCUUGACCUUAGCUGCAAACAAAUAAUAGCGUCUUAGCUACUUUGAUGGAGAUGAAAAAGCAUGAUCCACUUCAUGUGAAUACAAUCGUUUGAAUAUAGCUGUGCCUGUGGCUGAUCUAAUUUACUCUCAGUGCACCAGUACACAGGAUUUCUAUUGAUAAAAUUACUACAGUAAAAUACUGCUUUUUUCUCAAUUCAGGACCAGAAAAGAGCUAAACAUUGGAAAAUUUUCCGAGCGGGCUGGAAAAGGGAUGGCCUGUGCUGUUGAAGCCCUGGGUGUCGCUGUUGGCUCAGAGAUCAGCCAGGGCUUCCCAAACUCCUCCUGCCUCCCUGCGCUGCAAUUGCUGCCAUGAGGGAAAAAACGCUGCUGCAGAGGCAGGUCUGGAAAAGAACCAGCAACUCUGGCUUCUCAGAGCCCCCGUGGGCUCUCAGAAAAGCCACCUCCUGCAUUUCAGCUCUCUGAUAAUCUCCAACCUUUUUCCUUUUUUAUUCCCCCAACCAGUGCAAGUAUUUGUAGGCAUCCUCUAAAGUCAGAGGUUAUACCAGGGAGUAUUCCACAUAAAAACCGCUGACAGACAGCCAAAGUGGGAAGGAAAUCUGUAUGAUGAAGGUACAGGUCUAGGCUAUUCAGCCUGUGGAUCUGUACAUGGUGUAAGAGAUGGCAAUUUUAAAAACAUACUUAAAUUAUAGUCGAAUGAGUGUCACAAAACAUUUUUUGGUCAAGUGUAACUGAGAGCUCUCUCCAGUUAGGACCUUAUUGUAUAUUAGAAACCACUCCUGUCACUUCAGGUGACUUCUGCCAACCCUUAUAUGCAGGAAUGACACACAGAUACAGAGAUGACCAAGAUGGAAAAGCCUUGGUUAAAGCCAUUUUGUUUGAAAUGCUUCUGCCUACUUCGUGCUUAUGCCACAGGCUACAUAAAACUCCCAUUUACUUCAGUCUUUGGAAAGGUCUGACG